AUAUUUAUGUGCAAUAUUGGUAAAACAAGCAUCGUUUACCCAAAAAUCAAAUUCAGGAACACCGAUCUCUCCUCCAACGAAACGAAACGAAACGAAACGAAACGAAAUCCUCUCCCUCUCAUCCACCGCAUCAAACCAGCAGCAGCUACAGUGCUCCCCAAACCCUAGCCCCCCUUAAGAUUUAAGGGACUAACAUUGGGAAAAAAAACCCAAAACUUUCCUGGCCAAUUCAAAACCCUAACCCUAGAACCCCAUCGCUCUCUUCCUCUUGAAGAAGCGGCAAGAAAUGAUGGUGCCUAAAUAUCAUUCUCAUAUCAAGUGUUUGAGGAAAUGGUUACUGAGGAUUAUGGAGGGAAUUUUUCCCGGAUUUUUUUCCCCAUAAAUCGCCUGCAUUGUUUAAUGUUUACCGGUCGCAAAAUGUUGCUCGUGAGAUUAACUAUUCGGGACAUUCGAAUACCUUACCUUCUCAACAACAUUUCUGAGAGAACAUUGGAAGAGAGAAGAGAUCCUCAUCACACGGCAGCUUCUGAUCAGCGCCUCAUCCGAAGGGAGACUAAGGGAGCAGACAAAGUUGCAAGAGGUGGCCAUUUGCAAAAUUUGGGAAGAGACACAUCACAUCAGAGAUGAAAACCCUAGUUGUGAAGUGGAUAUUUGCAAGGGCCUAGACUAUUAAGUAAUAUUUACAUGGAAUGUUAAUGAAGGGAUAUCCAUCAUGGAUUUGGUCCGCUCCAUUUUUAAACCUCUUCAGUGCCCUUCAGUGCUUUACUGUUGCCAUUGCAGUUAAGAGGAAUUUGAACAAAUGGAAGCUACACUGAGAUGAAGAACUGCUCGCAAUAGCAUCCUUCUCCUUCCUCUUAAGGGAAAUUAUAAAUCUUGGAAGUGUUCUAGGUGGAGCUUUUAUGGUUGUAGCCCUUUAUUCUGCCCUAUGUGGAAAGAACAGAGAAAGAAAGAACAUGAAUCGAAUGUUGAGGGUGCAAAGGAUAGCAUCUCAUAAGUUGGCAUGCAUUGGAGGAGGAGAACUGCGCCCCUAUUGCCAUUCAAAUUGAUGUUCAAGAUUUUCAUGCUUGCUUUAUUUGGGUAUGCAAUCAACUUAAAUAUGCACAGCAUCGCCAUCAACCUCACCUCUGCCACAGUGGCUUCAGCAGCAGCUAAUCUCACUCCUGUUUUCACUAUUAUUCUGGCACUUUUGUUUCGGGAGGAAAUGAUCAGCUUGAAGACCUGCUCGGGAAUCGCCAAGGCAAUUGGAGUACUAAUUUGCUUUACGGGAACUGCCAUUAUCGCAUUUUAUAAAGGCCCUUAUUUGAAUUCAUUCAUCACUCACCACCCAAUUCUCCAUGGAAGUAGCCAAAUUCAUUCAACCACUCUUCUGAACAAAAAUUGGAUAAUUGGGACUUUUCUUAUGGUCUUGGUCACGCUUUGUUGGGCUUUAUGGUUUGUGUUACAGGGAAAAUUGCUGAAGGAAUAUCCAUCAUGGAUUUGGUCCUCUGCUCUUGUAAGCCUCUUCAGCUCACUUCAGUGCUUUGUUGUUGCCAUUGCAGUUGAGAGGAGCCUGGACAAAUGGAAACUACACUGGGAUGAAGGACUUCUUGCAAUAGUAUAUACUGGUGUGAUGAUGGGCGGACUUGUGUUAUACUUGCAUACUUGGUGUAUUCACAAGAAGGGGCCUGUUUUCGUUGUUAUGUUCACUCCUUUGUCUCUUGUGAUCACCAUUGCAGCUUCCUCCUUUCUCUUAGGGGAAGUCACAAAUCUUGGAUGUAUUCUAGGUGGAGCAUUUAUGGUUGUAGGCCUUUAUUCUGUCCUAUGGGGAAAGAGCAAAGAAAGAAACAACAUGAAUUCAAAUGUUGAGGGUUCCGAGAUUAGCAUCUCAAAAGUUGAAGUUGUAUAGUAAAGGAGGCAAUGACCACUCAAGAUUAUGUCCUUUUGAGCUGCCUAUCUCAUAAAAAGUGCAUGAUAUUUUCAGGUUUGAGUAUGUUAAGUUCUGUAUUAUUUUCUAAUGUUCUUAUUCUUCCAGUUGAAAUUUGAGUAAUAAUACGCUUUUCAAGAUCUUUAAUAAAAAACUUUGACAUGUUAAAGCUCGGAAGAUACUGUUG